GUAGACAUUCAUCACUUCCUAUCUCUCACAAAUUUCAACAUGAUUCAAUCAAAUUUUGUUGUUUAAUCUGCCGCUGCAGCCAUCUUUACGCUACAGCACGUGCAGUUCCCACUCUUCCCGCGCCAUGGAAAUUCAGUAAAGAAGAAAAAGAAACCAACUUUUCCCAUCAUUAAUUCUUCUGUUCCCUUCACAAUUCACAUUUCCGUUGCCUCAAGCAAGAAAUCUCCUUUUUCCCAUUCAUCACACUGCCACCAACCGCUGCCUCAGUUUGUGUUUGGAUUCUUCCCACUUUUUUUUCAUUAAAUAUUGCAUUAUUUUUGUCUCUGCUCUUUCUUUUCUCAUUUGGAAUUUCUGUAACAGAAACUCUGACUCUGUUUCCUGCAGAAUUCUUGGUUGUUGGGUAGCUGAGAUUGGAAGUUUCUGAUCUCUUUUCCAGAGGGAUGGGGGAGAGUCUGCAUUAGUGUUUGAGGGUUUUAAGGUUCUUGAUUGGAGAGAUGGGAAUCAAGUUGAUCCUUUCAGCAGUGCUAGUGUGUGGCACUCUCUUCUCAUUAGCUAGUGCAGAACCGGUCGAGGAUAAGUUUGCUUUGCUCGAUUUCAUUAGAUACGUGAACCAUUCCCAGAGUUUGAAUUGGGAUGAGAGGACUUCUGUUUGCCAUAGCUGGACUGGAGUCACUUGCAAUCAUGAUAGUUCAAGAGUUAUAGCUGUUAGACUGCCUGCUGUUGGAUUGAAAGGCGGAGUUCCUACGAACACUCUUGGCCGUUUAUCCGCCCUUCAGAUCUUGAGUUUGAGAUCUAAUGGUAUGAGUGGUCCUUUCCCUUCUGAUAUUUUGAAGCUUGGGAAUUUGUCUAGUUUGUAUCUUGAGUUUAAUCAUUUUGAGGGUCCAUUGCCAUUGGACUUAUCUGUCUGGGAAAAUCUCUCGGUGUUGAACUUGUCGAAUAAUAGGUUUAAUGGGAGGAUCCCAUCUUCAAUCUCCAAUCUGACUCAUUUGGUAGCCUUGGAUCUUGCUAAUAACUCUCUCUCCGGUGAUGUUCCUGAUCUCGAUAUCGAAACUCUGCAAGUGUUGGAUUUGUCCAACAACAAUCUCACCGGAGAUGUGUCUCGAUAUCUUGGAAGGUUUCCUAGCUCAGCCUUUCUGGGCAACAAUCUUACGUUCCAGCCAUCUUCUGCUACUUCACCUGAAGCUACACGAAAGAAGCAUUCGCCUAAAUUUAGCCACCAUACCAUUCUUGCAAUUGUCAUUGGCAGUUCCGUGGCAGCCUUUGUGGCGAUCGCCUUGCUGCUGUUUGUCACAAGCAGAAGGAAGAAAGGCGGCGAGAGUGGGCCGCUUCAGAAGGCGGAGAAGUCAACAAGGCGGAUGGGGUCGCAGCACGUGCAGGAAGGGGAUGCGGGGAUGAUAUUUUUUGAGGGGUGUAAUCUUGCUUUCGACCUUGAGGAUUUGCUGAGGGCCUCUGCAGAGGUGCUCGGGAAGGGGACGUUUGGGGCUACGUAUAAGGCGGCUCUAGAGGAUGCGACUACAGUUGCGGUUAAGAGAUUGAAGGAAGUCAUUGUUGGGAGAAAGGAUUUUGAGCAGCAGAUGGAGGUCGUUGGGAAUAUUAGGCACACGAACGUUGCUCCUUUGAGGGCUUAUUACUACUCCAAGGAUGAAAAGCUAAUGGUGUACGAUUUCUAUAGUCAGGGAAGCGUCUCAAUGCUGCUCCACGCGAGAAGAGGCGAAAACCUGUGUCGUCUCGACUGGGAAACGCGGUUAAAGAUCGCCACUGGCGCAGCGCGAGGCCUUGCACACAUCCACACACAAUGUGGAGGGAAGCUCGUGCACGGCAACAUAAAAUCUUCGAAUAUUUUCCUCAACACCCAACAGUACGGCUGCGUGAGCGAUCUCGGGCUAGCAACGCUGAUGAGCCCCGCCUCGCCGCCCGUAGUCCGCUCUGGGUAUCGUGCCCCGGAGGUGAUGGACUCAAGGAAAGCGCUGCAGGCGUCCGAUGUGUACAGCUACGGGGUUUUCCUGCUGGAGCUUCUCACGGGGAAGUCCCCUGUCCACGCCUCGGGAGGGGAGGAGGUCAUCCAUCUCGUGAGGUGGGUGAACUCCGUGGUCCGGGAGGAGUGGACGGGUGAGGUGUUCGACUUGGAGCUCCUGAGGUACCCGCACGUGGAGGAGGAGAUGGUGUCGAUGUUGCAAAUAGGGUUGAGUUGCGUGGCGCGGAUGCCCGAGCAAAGGCCGAAAAUGGAGCAGGUGGUGAAGAUGGUGGAGGAGAUUAGGAUUGUUGUCCCGGCCCCGGCCCCGGCCACGGCCACGAGGAAUAGCUCACGUGGUGGGACAAGGUCUUCGAGUCCGAAUAUUAUACCGCGUGUGAGUGAGAUUGGAUCCUCUUCGACUACAAACUAGAUUCUUGGUAAUUUGGUUUAGUUCCAAGAAUUGUAGUUUUUUUUUUAAAUAUAUUUUUUAUUGAAUAUGGUUUUGUUUGCUAAGAAUUAUUGUUUGUCCCAUUUGACAAAGUAAUGGUGCCAAAUGAUUUUGUGAUUGGAUUAGGUUGAUG